AUGCUCCGUCGUGGGUCCGUCGAGCUCACCGUGCUCAGGAGAGCAUGUCUGGGCCGCGCUAUUGGGCUCAGGCCCGCUGUUCUCUGCGCAAACCAGCACCGCCCGAAGGCUACUCGACCAUCCCCUUCGCCCCAGGAGGCGUUGGCUCUGAGGACAUAUGCUUCCAAACGGAAGAAGUCAAAGCAGAGCAAGUCCGGGUCAGCUAGCGAUGCUGUGCAGAAACCAGGCUCGGUCGAAGGUCCACGCGGGGAGGGGACACCCAUGACGGAUCUCGAAUACCAGCAAUCGUUAUGGGAGGCGCAUAGACUGGAAUCGGCGCUGGACAUGGACGAGACCAUCCAGGACCCUGCUGCGGUGCCCGGCUUCGAAAAAGCAUCUGGGCCGGAAGCCGACGAGAGCAGAGCGACUACUGAACGGAGUCUCAAGACGGCAAAUGCCAGCAGCGCAUCGACAGAUGGCGACGCACCCAAGAAGACGAGGCGUGCUGCGGCCAGGGCGCCGAGAAAGUCGAGAAAGACGCCCAUCGAUGUCAAGACGCUGAACCCCAAGGACAUUGCCUUCACACCCGUGGAGGAGGAGGAGAAUGCUCAUCAGCCGGUGCCCGCCCUCUCCUACGGCCUCGACCGGGUCCUGUUCAACCCGGGAGUGUACCAGAUACAGGAUGCGCGGUCGCAGGUCUUCAACUUCGACCCCUACCUCACGACCAUCAUGCCCGUCGACGAGUUCGACUUCGACGCGCUCAAGGCGUACAUAACCUCCUCCAAGGACACGAAGCUACGCGAGAUGAGCAAGAAGCACGGCAUGAAGUACUGCGGGUCGACAUCCAGCAUGACGUCCAUCCUCGCCCACUUUCACUACCUGCUGUCGGCCUGGAGGAAGCCCAAUUUCUCCUCCCUCUCACAGUCUCUCGAGCUCGACUCGACAAAUUUCACGCGGCUGACCAGGGCGCCCGCCUCUGCCUACGCGCGGCUGAACGAUGGCGUGUACGCCAUCGAUGCAGACAAGGAAUUUGACAAGGAGAACAUCCUCAGCACGCUUGGAAAAUCUAUGGAGAAGCUCCUCACCCUGCCGAGGGAGGAGUUCGAAAAGUACCGCCGCACGCGGUCCCACCUCAUCACCGAGGAGGAGCGCAACGCCGACGAGGCCUACCACUAUACGACGCUGGGCGACUUCCUGAUGCGGUCGCAGCUGGACGCGCGCGACGCUCGACUACCGGGCACGGGCAUUUUUGAUCUCAAGACCAGGGCAGUCGUCUCGAUCCGCAUGGAUGUGCAGGAGUACGAGAAGGGCCGGGGCUACGAGAUCCGCAAGCGCUUUGGCCAGUGGGAGUCGUUUGAGCGCGAGUACUACGACCUGAUCCGCGCCGCCUUCCUCAAGUACUCGCUGCAGGUGCGCAUGGGUCGCAUGGACGGCAUCUUCCUCGCCUACCACAAUACCCAGCGCAUCUUUGGCUUUCAGUACGUCAGCCUCGAGGAGAUGGACCACGCCAUCCACGGCACCAGCGACCGCAGGCUCGGUGACCUCGAAUUCAAGGCCAGCGUCGCCCUCCUCAACGACCUUCUCGACCGUGCCACGAAGCGCUUCCCAGGACGCAGCCUACGCUUCCACGUCGAGACGCGCGACACCAAAGUGCCCCUGACGUAUUUCUUUGCCGAGCCCGUCACCGAGGAGGACUUUGAGCAGUCGCGCGAGGAGGCCAAGCGCUCCGUCGAGGCGGUGCAGAAGGACAUCAUGGACAUGAGGGACGAGCAGCGUGCCGCCGAGAAGAUCUCUGGGCAGGGGGACCUACCCGAGCAGAUCGGCGAGGCGGCGGAUGAGUCCGGGCCUGGCACGUCGGCGCCAGGCAAGACAGCCGAGGCCGAGCAGAGCGACGAGGACGGCUGGGAGGAGAUGAUUGCCAUGAUGGAGAGCAUCGCCGAGGAGGUGUCCGACGAGACGAAGCCCGAGGUGGCUGAUCAGACCCCGGUCGAGAAGGAGAAGGAAGGGGAGCCAGAAUCGACAGAGGCAGCGACGGCGUCAGCCGAAGGGUCCGCCACGGCGCAAGGCAAACCGCCCCGCGAGAUUCUGGGCAUGUACGUCACGGUACGCAACAAGGUCAACGGGGAACUGGUAGACCGCCCGGAGGAUUCACCCCGCGAUUGGUCGGUGCAGUACGCCAUCAACGAGAUUUCCGAGUCCGAGGCUCAGAGGAUCUACCCCAGCCUGCGGGCGAGGCGGUCGCGCAUCCUCAGAAACGACAAGACGACAGUGCCGGACAAGUGGAGGGACUCGUACCGCGAUCGGCUCAAGGACAUGGCCAAGCAGGGGGAGAGGUAUCGCCAGAAGGUGGAGCGAAUGCAGGAGGGCAAAGUCGUGUAUGUCGCCUGGGAUGAGAAGCCGCUCCCUCCUAGGGCGAGGAUCGAGGGUGUGGACCGGGGAGAGGGGGCGUAG